UAAUUUUUCUCUCAAGAGAGAAUUAUCAUGAAGUUCUCUAAGCAAUUUGCAGGCCAGCUUGUUCCUGAAUGGAAAGACGCCUUUGUUGAUUACUGGCAACUCAAGAAACGCCUCAAGCAAUUUUGUCUCUAUAGUAAUAAUACUAAUGAUCAUAACACUACCUCUUCACCCACCUCUACCAAGGACCAACAUACAUCUUUAGCCAACUCCUUGGUUUCCUCUCUUGGCUCUUUAUUUGGCCACCAUCAACAUAGAGAACAUGGUGCCAUUCAAGUGCAUAAGAAAUUUGCAAGUUCAGACAACAAGGCUGAUAUGUAUGAGACAGAAUUGCUUGAUCAAUUUGCGGAUUCUGACACCGCAAGAGAGCUCUUUGCAUGUCUGGACUUGCAACUCAACAAGGUGAACCAGUUCUACAAGACUAAAGAGAAAGAGUUCUUGGACAGAGGGGAGUCCUUGAAGAAACAGGUGGAGAUUCUCGUCGAACUCAAAACAGCACUCAAGCAGCAGCGUGCCAAAGGAGCUUCUUCCCAGGACUCCAGGGAAGAUCUUUCUAUCUCCUGCACCAUCUCUUCAUGUGAUGAGGAGUCAAUCAAGGACAGAACAGAACAAGAACAACUACAAGAUCAGCUGCAAGACAAAAACACUGAUGACUUGGAAAAAAAUGAUGUUGCUUCGGUAACGUCACCAGGAUCGGAUGAAAUUGGAAAAUCAAUGAGAAUGAAAAGAGAGGAUAGCAAAUUUAGUGCACUGUCGAGUAGUUCUUUCAAUUGCCAGGGGAAGAACUUAAGAAUAAAUAUUCCUCUAACAACCCCAUCGCUUACCUUCUCAGCAAUCAGUUACUUGGUUUGGGGAGAUUUAGUUAACCAGUCCUCCAAAAGAAUUCCUGAAGGAAGUAGGCUGCACAUCAACAAAACAAAGAUCCACCAUGCAGAGAAGAUGAUAAGAGGAGCUCUCAUUGAGCUCUACAAAGGGUUGGGUUAUCUCAAGACUUACAGGAACUUGAACUUGCUUGCUUUCAUAAAGAUUCUGAAGAAGUUUGACAAAGCUACUGGAAAACAAGUUCUUCCCAUUUAUCUAAAAGUAGUGGAGAGCUCCUAUUUCAACAGCUCAGAUCAGGUAAUAAAUUUAGCUGAUGAAGUUGAGGAGUUAUUCAUCAAGCACUUUGCUGAAGCUGACCGUAGAAAGGCCAUGAAAUAUCUGAAGCCUCAUCACCGUGAAGAAUCACAUUCUGUAACCUUCUUCAUUGGACUGUUCACCGGAUGUUUCAUUGCACUCCUUGUUGGAUAUGUAUUUAUGGCUCACAUCACAGGCAUGUACAGACCGCAAGGGGAUACAGUUUAUAUGGAAACUGUAUAUCCAAUACUUAGCAUGUUCAGCCUGUUGUUUCUACACUUAUUUCUGUAUGGUUGCAACAUUUUCAUGUGGAGGAAAACCCGGAUAAAUUAUAGCUUCAUCUUUGAACUAGCCCCUACCAAGGAGCUUAAGUACAGAGAUGUGUUCUUGAUAUGUACCACUUCAAUGACUGCAGUGGUGGGUGUUCUGUUUAUUCAUUUGUCACUUGUCACAAGAGGGUAUUCAUAUUCCCAAGUUCAAGCAAUUCCAGGCCUUCUAUUAUUGAUCUUCUUACUAUUACUCGUGUGCCCCUUCAACAUUUUCUACAAAUCUAGCCGGUAUCGUUUCCUUUGUGUGAUAAGGAACAUCAUACUAUCACCUCUCUAUAAGGUUCUGAUGCUGGACUUCUUCAUGGCUGAUCAACUCUGUAGUCAGGUGCCAAUGCUGAGGAACUUAGAAUAUGUAGCUUGUUACUAUAUGACUGGUAGCUACAAAACACAGGACUAUGGUUAUUGCAUGAGAACCAAACAUUACCAGGAUUUCGCAUAUGCAGUGUCCUUCCUGCCUUAUUACUGGAGGGCCAUGCAGUGUGCACGGCGCUGGUUUGAUGAGGGGAAGACAAGUCACCUUGUCAAUCUAGGCAAAUAUGUGUCAGCAAUGUUGGCAGCAGGAGCCAAAGUAGCUUAUGAGAAAGAAAGGAGUGCUGGAUGGCUGUGUCUUCUUGUCAUCGUGUCAACUGCUGCAACAGUGUACCAAUUGUAUUGGGACUUUGUAAAGGAUUGGGGGUUGCUUCAGAAGAAUUCCAAGAACCCCUGGCUAAGGAACGAAUUAAUGCUUCGUCGCAAGAUAAUUUACUACUUCUCCAUGGGAUUGAACCUUAUUCUCAGGCUGGCUUGGCUACAAACAGUUCUUCAUUCAAAUUUUGGACAUGUUGAUUACAGAGUAACUGGUUUAUUUUUAGCAGGCCUUGAAGUCAUUAGAAGAGGACAGUGGAAUUUUUACAGAUUGGAGAAUGAGCAUCUAAAUAAUGCUGGCAAGUUUAGAGCAGUUAAGACAGUGCCACUUCCAUUUGAAGAGGAUGAGGAAAAUUGAUGCCCAUUGGUGAUAGUUGCUUACCGAAUCUGGUUCGAAGGGAAUCUCAGAAGCUUUGCAAUCUUGUCCUUCCAAGAAGAACCUUAUCCCUUGUACAAGUUGAUGCCGAAGUAACCAAACAUCAACUUGAUUUUCAUUGCUCCUUGGAUAUUGGAAAAAAGUGGUUGAUACUUGCAUACCAAAUUUUCUUCAACAAAGAAUAGAAAUUGAUGCAAA